AUGGCUGGAAUCUGUUUCCUGUUUAGCGCACUCUUGAUGGCAGUUCCUGUGGCUCUCCAACCUCUCAUCAGUACUGAUGAAAAGUUGGCACUUUCUGAGUUCAAAAACCGUAUAACUUCAGACCCUCAGGCGAUCUUUUCCAGGAACUGGUCCUCCACCACUGAUCCAUGCAGCUGGUUAGGUGUCACUUGCAGCCUCCUCCAGAAAAGGGUUAUUAUAUCAUCUCUGAACAUCUCAGGCUAUGGCCUAGAAGGAACAAUUUCACCCUUCAUAGGAAACUUAACAUUCCUCACGUCCUUGGAUAUCAGCCUCAACAAUUUCUCUGGCUCUCUUCCAACUGAGUUGGGCAACUUGCAUGGCCUGAAACAGAUGAAUUUGGGAUCUAAUAAUCUUUCUGGCGAAAUCCUGUCUAGUUUCGGAACCUUGUCACAGCUUCAGUUGCUUCAUCUUGGGAAUAACAACUUCACAGGUAUCGUUCCAAGCUCCAUAUUUUCUUCCAAUAUGUCAAAGCUGGAGAGUUUGGAUUUGGGCUAUAAUCUUCUUGAAGGAAGUAUCCCAACAUCAAUCUCCAAUCUUACUAACUUGAGGGUAUUAUUUUUGGGAUAUAAUCAGUUUACUGGUUCUGUACCACCGGGAAUUUAUGGCAUGCCUUCUUUGGAAACACUUGUCCUUUCACAGAAUAGGUUAGUAGGUACCCUCCCAAGGGGGAUGUGCACAACAAGCCAUCAAUCAAAACUCAAAGGGAUUUAUCUAUCCUUUAAUCAUCUUCAAGGUGAAAUUCCAUUAGAACUUUACAGGUGCAGGAAUAUUGAGGAUUUGUCACUGUCUUACAACGAAUUCAAUGGCACAAUUCCGCGAACAAUUGGGCUGUUGAGUAAGCUCAAGAGGUUAUAUAUUGGUGGAAACAAAUUAGCAGGCCGGAUUCCAUCAGAGCUUGGUAAUCUCACUCUGUUGGAGGAACUGAGCAUAAGAAGUAGCUUAUUAACAGGCAGAAUUCCAUUAUCGGUCUUCAACUUAUCAUCUCUCAGACAAAUUGACUUGUCUAACAACAGCUUAUCUGGAAGCUUUCUGUUGAAUAUGGUAUGCGAUCUUCCCGGAAUUCAGUGGAUGGAUCUUUCAGACAACCGUCUCAAUGGCUCCAUCCCUUCCUGCAUAUGGAACUGCAAGACUCUUUUAGUCCUAGAUUUAUCCAAGAACAACUUCACAGGUGAUGUUUCCAAGGGAAUUGGGAAUCUCACUCUGCUUCAACAACUAAUGUUAAACGAUAAUCAGUUGACAGGUGAAUUACCCAUUGAAUUCGGAAACCGUGUGAAUCUUGGCAAGUUUUCUUUCGACAAUAACAAUCUAUCAGGAACCAUUCCACCAGGGAUCUUCAAUAUGUCAUCGCUGACAUAUAUGAGCUUAAUGUCGAAUCGCCUCUCAGGUGCACUACCUCAGAACAUGUGGAUUACACUUCCAGAGCUACAGGAGAUUUAUCUGAGUGAAAAUGAAUUCAGCGGAAUGUUACCAAGCUAUAUAUCCAAUGCUUCGAAGAUUACAAUAAUGGCCAUGGUAUACAAUUCUUUUUCAGGUCCCGUACCUCAUACGCUCGGCAACUUGCAAUUCCUGAGGAGGAUUCUUCUAGGAGGCAACAAUUUUACAAGAGAAGCUUCAACACCAGAAUUGACAUUUAUAACUUCAUUCACACAUUGCAGACAAUUGGAUUUGGUGGAAUUAUCCGAGAAUCAGUUCCACGGUUUCCUUCCGAGAUCACUUGGAAACUUUUCUGUAUCACUUCAAGAGUUCAAAGCCUUUGGUAGCAUGAUCAAGGGUACAAUUCCAAGUGAAAUUGGAAAUUUGAGCAGCCUGGAAUCCAUAUAUUUUGACAACAAUGAUUUGACUGGAUCUAUUCCAUCAACGAUUGGGAAAUUAACUCGGGUUGAGCGUAUAUAUCUCGAACAUAACAGGCUGCAAGGGAAGAUCCCUGAUGAGAUUUGCAAUCUGAAGAAUCUAGGUGACUUAUAUGUGAAUGAAAAUAUGCUAUCUGGCUCAAUACCCGAAUGCCUGGGUGAACUCAAAUCUUUGAGAGCAAUCUAUCUGCACUCCAACAAUUUGAGUUCCAAGAUUCCAUCCAGUUUGUGGGGCCUCAAAGAUCUCUUAGGUCUGAAUCUGUCUUUAAACUCGUUGACUGGACAGCUACCAUCAGAGAUAGGCAAAUGGGAAGUCAUAACGCAGCUGGACUUGUCAGGGAACCAAUUAUCAGGUACAAUUCCAACUUCACUUGGAAGCACUGAAUCACUGGUUUAUCUGUCAUUGGCUCAAAAUAAGUUUGAGGGUAAAAUUCCUGAAUCUCUUGGAAGUUUAUUGAGUUUGGAAUACUUGGAUCUAUCGCGUAAUGGUUUGUCCGGGUCAAUACCGAAGUCAUUGGAGAAGCUUGAGUACAUGAAAUACUUCAACGUUUCAUACAACGGACUAGAAGGUGAAGUUCCAACUGGUGGACCGUUUGCCAACUUCACAGCUCAAUCAUUUCUGCACAACUAUGCACUUUGCGGCGCUGUUAGGCUCCACUUUCCGGCAUGCGAAUCAAAAACCAAAUCCAAAUCCAGGCUAAGGAAAGUUCUUUCUCCACUUAUUUACAUUUUUCCAGUUAUCGCUAUUCUCGGUAUCCUCGUCCUAGUAGCAGUUCUGUGGAGAAGAAAAAAAUAUGGAGUUGCUCGGACGGUUGAACAAGCAAUGGAUGAAAAUAAAACACGUUUGGACUUUCCUCAAUGGAGAAGAAUUUCUUAUGUUGAUCUGUUAAGAGCAACAGAUUCAUUUAGCGAAAAUAACCUAAUUGGAGCCGGAAGCUUUGGUUCUGUUUACAGAGGCACAUUUCCUGAUGGAUCAGUCUUGGCGAUAAAAGUAUUCAAUUUGCAAUGGGAUGAUGAUCAUGAUGGAACAAUAUCUAAGAGUUUUGCAGCAGAAUGCAAAGUGCUGGCAAGUAUUCGCCAUCGUAACUUGAUCAAAAUCAUCAGCUCAUGUUGUGUCAAUUUCGAUCCUCCCCAACCACAGUUCAAAGCCUUGGUCCUGGAGUACAUGCCCAAUGGCAGCCUGGAGAACUGGUUGUAUCCGGGACAGGAUUGUUCGCUGGACAUACUACAGAGACUGGACAUCAUGAUUGAUGUUGCCUCGGCUCUGGAGUACCUUCACUUCUAUCACACAUUUCCAGUGGUUCAUUGUGAUUUGAAGCCUAGUAACAUCCUGCUGGAUGAAGAUAUGGUCGCACACGUGUGUGAUUUCGGAAUCGCUAAGCUUUUUGGUGAAGGGGAAAGCGUGGCGCAAACAAGAACUUUAGCUACUUUUGGUUACAUGGCACCAGGUAAUACAUACGUACGCAUGUUCUCAUUUUUUCCAUUUUGA